GCCACUCCUUUGAGGGGGGGUUAUGUCACGAUUCCCUUGUUGUCUGCCCUGGGUUUCACUUGUCCUUGUUCAAAGAACUACACUUCCCAUGAUCCCCGGCCCUCAUCACUGCCAGCCCUGUGUCAUUGUGCUCACCUGAUUGUAGUUUGUCAUCAUUAUGUCUCCAGUGUAUAUAAACCCUGUUUGUUCUCCAUUCCCCUGUCGAUCGUUGAUGUAUGUGGAUGCCUGUUUCCUGUCUAUAUUACCCCGUCUGUUAACUCUUCCGUGUUUUUGUUUUCUGUUUAUAAUUAGUAUAUUAGUUUAUUUAGUUUAUAUUAAUUCGUUUAUAGUAUUUUAAUAAAAUGUAGGCAGUAUGCAAUGUAUACUGCGCAGCAUUCAGUUAGCAGUAAGCUAUUUUUCCAUUCUGAACAUGUCAUAUGUAAAGUCAACAUAGGUCUGGUCAGAUAUCUUGCCUGAUUGCUCACAGAUAAUCAGGUUGUAUCUGUGUCAUUUAGACUGCGUCGUCAUGGCAAUACAUUUUGAUUCAUGUACUAAUGACUUUUUAAAGGCCAGAGGUAAUGAAAUAAUUUUUCACUGUUGAGUACAAGCAGGAGUUCGAUUGAACCUGAAUAGCGCAUUUAUUGAGCCGGUCGCCUGCGGUCACUCCCCCUACAGGACGCUCUUUGACUUUAACCCUCCCUCGUGCUGUGCCAAUGACUCUUUUGACUUCUCUGUUUCUUUUGACUAAUCAGUGUUGCUUUGUGUCGAAUGAAGUACAAGACACAGAUGGUCUAUGAACUCCUUUGUUGAGAAAAUUCAUAUGUAAACACUCUUGCCAAUCAAAGCUGGCAGAACAUGCUGCCUUGUGGCUGUGUUUGCUUUUUGCUAUAUUUUGGUUCUUUGCUUAAAAAUGAAUGAGAACAUUUUCUACAGGACUCUCAGCUGCACUUUCUCUGCUGCACACAUCCCUAUUUUGCUCUCCUAUUUCCCUUUUUGUUUUCCCUUUUUCAACAUGCCAUAAAUUGCUAGGCGCACGCAGCAUGCUACCGUCAAAGGUUUGCUGCAGUGUGUGUCUGAGACCGAGCAUGUGCGUGUUUGUGAGAGAGAGAGCAUGUCUGCACUGUCAGUCGCAUUGGCCUCUUAAAGAGACACCUCUGCUUAUAGAUUGCAGUGCUUCCCUCUCCUAAUCUCUCACUCACCUACUUUCUCUGGCUGUCUCUCAUUGCGGUUAGGCUUUCUGUGAAUCUUGCGUCUUUCGGCCUGUGUGUAUGGCGAGAUGGAGUCAGGGGUGCAUGUUGUGAGUCAGAAUGUUUCAGUCCACGCUCAGCACUGACGUUGGCCUCCAGAUUGACAUUCAUAUUUGGGUAGCAAACUAAAACAGGAGGACGACAGCAUACAGAGGACUGGCAUUCUGCUGGUUCAGGGACUCUUAACCUUGCUGUCAUGCAAGAUCUGAGGAGCGAAUCAGAACGUCUCAACGAGGUGAAAGGUCAUUUGGAAAUUGCCUUACUGGAGAAGCACUUCCUGCAGGAAGAGUUACGGAAACUGCGAGAAGAAACCAAUGUGGAGACCCUUAAGCAAGAGCUGGAGAGAGAACGCAGCAGAAGACUUGAUCUGGAGCAGAAGAUGAAUGAAGUGCUGAAGACCAGGUGUGAAGAUUCUCCACCUCAACCUCCACGCAAGCAGCAACCACCUGCAGCUAACGGCACAGAAAAACAGCAGAAGGAGACAGUAUGUUCACGGCUUCAGAGCUGGCUGUACGACCGAUUUGGGGAAUAUAUUGAAGACUUCCGAUUCCAACCCGAAGAGAACACAGUCGAGGCAGAGGAGCCGCUAAGUGCUAAAAGAUUAACAGAAAAUAUGCGACGACUUAAACGGGGUGCCAGACCGGUGACAAAUUUCUUACGGAAUCUUUCCGCCUUAUCCAACUGGCACUCAGUGUAUACGUCAGCGAUUGCCUUCAUUAUCUAUAUGAAUGCAGCAUGGCAUGGCUGGCCCAUUCCUUUAUUUCUGUUUUUAGCCAUUCUGAGGUUGUCGUUGAAUUACCUCAUAGCCAGAGGAUGGAGAAUUCAGUGGAGUAUUGUGCCUGAAGUUUCUGAACUUGUGGAACCUCCAAAGGAAGACUUGACUGUGUCUGAAAAGUUUCAGUUAGUUCUCGAUGUUGCACAAAAAGCACAGAAUCUUUUCGGUAAGAUGUCAGAUGUUUUGGAGAAAAUCAAAAAUCUGUUCAUGUGGGUUCAGCCUGAAAUCACUCAGAAGUUGUACAUCGCUCUGUGGGUGGCCUUCAUCUCCUCCUGCGUCCUUCCCUACAAGCUUAUGGGCUUUAUGAUAGGGCUUUACGCAGGCAUCAAGUUCUUUAUUAUAGACUUCCUGUUUAAGAGUUGCCCAAAACUAAGAGACAAAUAUGACACGCCGCACAUCAUGUGGAACAGCCUGCCCACUGACCCGCAGCUGAAAGAACGUGGGAUUGCCUCUGUGUCACGACGGAAUCAGCCGGUGGUGUCACGGAGCAGUUUAGCCACCAUCCCGGCCGGAGUGACCCGUGAAGAGGAGAGCGCCCGUUCACACAACACAAAGAAAGGAACGUUCCAUGAGAUCUUCAACCUGCCAGAGAACGAGAGACCUCUGCCUGUGUGUGAGAAUGGAUGGAGAUGUUGUCUGAUAAACAGAGAUAGGAAGAUGCCCACCGACUACAUUCGCAAUGGGAUGCUCUACGUCACGGAGAACUACCUGUGUUUUGAGAGCUCCAGCUCAAGAUCAGGCUCUUCAAAGAAGAACAAAGUCAUCAAACUGGUGGACAUCACAGAUAUACAGAAGUACAAGGUUUUAUCAGUUCUGCCUGGGUCUGGAAUGGGCAUCUCUAUCGCUACUCCAUCAACACAGAAGCCGCUGGUGUUUGGUGCCAUGAUUCACAGAGACGAGGCCUUUGAGACGAUCUUCACCCAGUACAUAAAGAUCAUGACCACAGCCAACCCUGAGACGUAACUCGCACUUCCACCUUCUAAAGGAUGUCUCAUUUGGAGAAGGGUGGGACAAGUGUUUCCUGUCUCAUUCACUUUAAUCAACUGUGAUUGGAUAAUUGUCAUCUUCUGAUGUGACAGGCUACAGUUCCAGUACAUUCCAGUGAGAGCGCUGCAUCUCAACAGGGACAUUUACAACUUGUAGGGAUGUAGGUGGCAUCUCCGUGUCAUCUGACUGUGACUGUUUACAAGAUGAGCACACUAGACGGUGUACAGACUUUGUGUUUUGUACUUGUCUCUCGCAGUGAUUUUAAUUCCAUGCCACUGUUUAGUUUUAUCCUGUGAGAUGUUACAGUGGUGAUAUAUAAAUCUUAAAGGAAUAGCUCACCCCAAAAUAAAAACAAUACUUUACUAACCCUCAUGUCUUUCCAAGCCAUGUGUCUUUCUGCCAAGCUCCAAAAAGAAUGAAAAAGCAGAAUAAAAGUCUCUUAAAUGUAAUACUGUAUGACUUGUGCAAUAUAAGUCUUCUGAAAUAGCCUGAUAGUUUUGUGUGAGGUACUUUCAAAUUUGCUGAAUGUAUUCCCCUCCGACGUAGCUCUCAAAUCUCAUGUGUAUUUGUGAAUAUUCAAAUAUGGCGUGUGAGGACCCAUUCCUCCAGGUUUGACAAAAAUAAUGGCAACAGCAUGAGGGUUAGUAAAUAAUGGUAAAAUUAAGAUUUUUGAGUCAACUAUUUUUUAAUGCAAUUUACAAAUAAACAAAGAAAAGCCUUUUUUAUUUUACAUUUGUUUAAAUGUUUUGUGUUUGUGCACAAACUCAUAUAAUUUCACCUCUCGUAUCGCAAGCACUUUUGACAUUUAAUAAUUUGCAAUGAAUGAAUUCCAGAUAUAUAUGUAAUUAGAUGUCCUCUUCCAUAAAGACCUUCUCUCACAGAAUCAAAAUUAUGUUGUGCACUGUCCAGUCGAACAUACUCCUCAAUGCUGAUUAAAGUCCACACACCUUAAUCAAUGUUACUGUCAUUUACAACAUUUAUUUUUAACAUGUUUAACAUUUUCUGAAUGGGUUCAAAUUAAGCGAAUGUCAACGUUUUGGUUGGCAACUUCAUCUGCAAGAGUUAAAAGAAAAUCUCUUGUUGAAUCAAGCUCAUCCAUAGAUGCGGUGAAAAACACUAAACUCACUAACUAAAAAGUCCAAAGAAAUAGAUUUUUCAAUGCUUUCGUUGAGUGAUGUGACGAUAACUGUAGACCUGAAAAUGUAAAGGUACAAAGCUUAUGCUUAAAUUAAAAAUCAACCUAAAAAUAAUGCUAAAAUGAAAUACAAGGAACAGUUAUUGAUUUAGUGUUUUUAUAGUGUCUUUUAACAAUUUUAUAAUGUACACUACAGGUCAAACGUUU